AUGGAGGAGGAGGAGAAGGAGGAGGAGGAGGAUCUCGUAGCUGGUCCGUCACCCACGCACAGAUUCGUGAGAAUAGAGUUUGGAAAGCAGGACAUGCGCUUGCACGUAUGGGUGAACUGUUAUCCCCUCCCAUAACACCCUCUUGGAAGAAUCAACAAUGAGGGCUCAAAUCUUGCAAAUCGCCAGCGUUUCAACAGUACCAAAUCGGUGGCAUUUGCGUUAAACGACAAAAUGAUGGCGAUAGGGAUUUGCUGAGGGAAAUAUUUUUUUGUGAGCUGUAGGCAGCAAUUUCAUCCUUGUUGGUGAAACCCAGAUUUCUCAAGGCUAUGGCCAGUCUGCAUUAUGCCUGAAAUUAUACUAAGUCAUAAAAGACAUUUUUAUGCAUACUCCACUAAAACAUCGUUUUUUAACACUUUUUUAUUUGCGCUUCCAUAUUUACUCAUUGGUCUGCAAAUGAAGAUAUACUGUGCAUCUAAAAGCGACGUUUACGUAGUGACAACCAUUUUUGAUGUUUUUGGGAUUUUGCGCUUUUCUAGAAAAUUGGCAUGUCUAAACAACGCACCAUUGCCUUGAAUACUUCUUUUAUGCUUUUAAUUCUUUCAAAAUUGUGAAUUAUUAACAUAACUAUCGUGUCCACAGAUUGAUGCCGGUUUGCGAGUGAUUGGCAAUCAUUCCUAAAUUUCGACACCUAUCUUCUGUUAGGUCAAUUACUGUAUGAGCCCUCCCAACUGUCUGAUUAGCCGAGAUCUUAGUCUGCCUCCCACGAACAGAAAAGUCAUCAAUCAUAUGGACUCAAAAAAUUUACGUAAAUAGAACUUGUUUCCAUUUUGUCUUCCAAGUAGUUAAACCUCAUUUUCAGAUUCUGCGGCCGUCUAGAAAUCACUAAUGCACAAAAUGUUCUGACAGUGUGAGUUGAUGGUUCCCGGUAGUAUGUAGAAGCGAAAUGGACUGGCUACUUAAACGGAAAUCUUCUCAUGAUGAUACGUUAUUCUAUCCUCAGGGUUAGUUUCCCGGCUGUUUGUGGACGUCUAGAAUGGCAUUUCACAGGCUGUUCUCCAAUACUACAACUCUGAUAUAUUUCCGUUUCAGUUGAUAGGUAAGAGUCUCCUCUUCCGCCUAUGUCCGACUGAGCUCUUUUAUUUUGAAUGGAACAGGUCGGCAGAGUUGACGAAAUGUCCCUCUUAGUCACCGAAAUUGCCUUCGAGACCAGAUUCACCUUUUUACUCUCCGUCACUGCUGAUGCUACCAAAUGAGGCAAUCUUCAUGCAAUGCAGACGACUGUACUUCACGUAAAACUCACGUUUGUAGUUGUAUUGGGCUUCUCGUGCCGUAUGUGGUUCUCAUAUUCUCAACUUUGAGGAAUCCCCAUAAUACGAUAUAGGCUUUCGACAGCAUUUUGGCGAGUUGCUUCACAGAGACAUUGAUAAGUUUAUGGGCGUAUUGGCAGAUUUGAAUAAUUUCCUUGAGGUUAUUGUGAAAAAGUGGUGGGGCCUCGUAGUUCAUGCGGUUAGAGCGUUGGUCCUGCUCCUACCCUUGCCCUUGCUGUCCUGCAUUCGAAUUCCAUCGAGGCCGCCGCCUUUUCACAACUGGGUCAAAUGAAUUAUUCAAAUCUGUCAAAACACCAAUGAAGUACGUGACUGUGGUAGUCAUCUGGCGAAUACUAGAUUGGUUGCCUAGACAACCCUCCCUGGGCAGUCGGUUUGGUGUAUCAGAAAUGGAGAAUGUCGUACGUUGCGGUGGGUUGGGUGAGUAAUUUGAUUUAAAUGCGAUUAAAUUCCUAGCUCUCAGUCGGUGUCUUAUAACUCCGGUGGUUAGAGCGUUGACUGUGUAUGAUCUCGGUCCUUGCUGUUAUGGGUUCGAAUGUCCCCGAAGCCGUCGGGUUAUUCACGAUCGGGUCUAAUGAACGAUAAUGGAUGCCAUGAAGGCACUAUCGUGACCCAACAUUAAACAGCGUUUACCUAUGUAGAGUCCAACGGGGAAGCCGGCUCGAAGCAAGUCCAGUAUCUGAAGAGUAAAAUGUGGACACCAUAGAUAAAAUAAGUUCUGUUGACAGAAAGAACUGCGAUGAUCACCGAAGCGUGGGUAGAUGUCAUCAUGAUACUACUUCGCCGACCGAGUAAAUCACCAGCAGGGUGGCGAAAUAGAGAAACUAAGCGUGAUCAUGAGCUGAUGGCUCAGGUUCACAACGAGCAGGGGACGUCGGAAGUCGAGAAGAUCUUCAAUUUUGGGGGGCUAACAUACGUGAAUUUAGCCGCCUCUUCGGAACAUGGGAUUGCACAAAGUUAAAGGAGGGUUUCCAUCGUGAAAUUGAGCGAAUGUCUUCACUGCAUGGGGAUAAUAUCCAUGAGUUUAUCCCCCUUUUCGAAACGUGGGUAGCAAACAUUUAAGUGACACUUUCCAUCGUGAAAUUGGACAUUUUUCAUUCGACAAAAACCGACCUAUCCUGGUCACAAGAAAACACCAGUGGCCAUCUCUGGUCUACCCUGAAACGUAGGUUCCGCAGGCCAGGCAUGCGGUAGUAUGACUACUAUCGAAAGGUGCUACUGCCACAGUCAAGGCCGCUGGACCAUUUUUCACCUGCUUACUGUCAACAGUGAGUACUACCUGACCCCACAGGUGCUGGCGCACUUGUGGCUUGGAUCCCAGCCAGUUUCUCAUCGAGUAAGGCCGACGCCACCGCUGGGCUGCUCGAUUAUUAAUUUCUGUCGCAAUCUCACCGUCUACGUGGCCUGUGCAUCCGUCAGCAAUGUGGCGUCACUCGUGCUUCACCAUGACAAUUCGCUGUCCGCCGUCACACAUGACUCAAUAAUUUCGAUCUCCGCCAAAAGAAGUCAGUAGAGCAGCGGUCAGAGCCUUGAAGCGUGGGUAGAUAACAUCAUGAUACUACUUCGCCGACCAAACAAAUCACCAACAGGCUGGCGAAAUAGAGGAUCUCGACGUGGUCAUGAACUGAUGGCUCAGGUUUACAACGAGCAGGGGACGUCGGAAGUCGCGAAGAUCUUCAAUACAGGGAGGCUACUAUCCGUGAGUUUAGCCCCCUCUUCAAAACAUGGGAUAGCAAAAAUUUAAGUGACACAUUCCAUCGUGCAAUUGAGCAUAUUACAUUCGACAAGAACCGACCUAUUCUGGUCACAACAAAGCACCAGUGGCCAUCUCUGAUCUUCCUUGAAUCAUAGGUUCCGUAGGCCAGACGUGCGGUAGUAUUACUACUAUCAGUCGAUAAUCGAAAGGUGCUACCGCCACAGUCAAGGCCGCUGGACCAUUUUUCACCUGCUUCCUGUCAACAGUGAGUGCUACCUGACCCCACAGGUGCUGGCGCACUUGUGGCUUGGAUCCCAGCCAGUUUCUCAUCGAGUAAGGCCGCCGCCACCUCAGGGCUGCUCGAUUAUUAAUUUCUGUCGCCAUCUCACCGCCUGCGUGGGCUGUGCACCCGUCAGCUCGAAGGCAAAACGGCGUCGUCUGUGCCCAAUCAGAACAAAUCGGUGUUCGCUGUCCCCCACAUGACUCAAUAUUUUCAAUCUCCGCCAAAAGAAGUCAGUACAGCAAUGGUCAGAGCUUUGUUCACCUGAUUCGUGUUCCAGCCUCGAGUGUGGCAAACGCUCGAGAUUAGGUUAUCGUUGGCAAUUUAUGUCAUCUGCUUGAGGGACAAAUUAACAGCCGCUCUUGAAGGCAAUCGCAAAUUGCUGAGUCCAAUUUCGUAGUCGGUGACCAGGAAGGCACUUUUCGACUUAAUGUUGGAGGAAGGAAUGUUUGGACAAACCUCCAGCUGGUUGUCAGAUAUAGUACUAACCCUUCAAGAACAGGCCGUCGAUCUUUCGGUAGAAUGUGGGCCUGCUCAGCUAUUCCUUCGGCACACAAGUCUGCUCUGAUCAAAAUAUACAAAUGUCAGUUAUACGGUCAAAAUCGGUUGUGUGUAGAGCGAGAAUACUUUAGGGACAGUUUUCUUACAUAAAUGCACAGGACGAUGCAUACCGUUACCAGUGAGGUUGGGGUGAUUGUGUAAAAAGACCUUCAUCAGCCAAACAACCUCUGCAUGUCAUUAGUUAGAAGACAGGUUUUUAGUGGGUCCCUUUGACGAAAUGUUAGUCAAAAUUCGGAACUUGGUCUCCAAAUGAAAAAGGAAUAUUUGGGUGUGGUUGCGAUAUUAACUAGGGCACAUCAUAAUUCCAGAGUUAUUUUGGUUAUGAUAAAUACCGUCUUUUCAAUGGGCUCCUUUCAGGCCGCAUGCAGGACUCCCACCAGGGAAAAAUGACAACUUAAGUGGUAUGGACUUGUCCCAUCAGUGUUCGUUAGCCUUAUAAAUUCAGCUGUGUUUUCUGUGGGAAAAUGUGUAAAAAUACUCUUCGUCGUGCUCGUUACGUCGUAAAUUAUGUCCUUCUUAAAUGUUGUUCCUGGAGAAAGGGCACCUUGAGUUUUCGAGAUUUCUUCAACUCGCGAAUAGCUUUGGGCCGAACCUGCAGUUGUAUCUGCACUUCGAAUUUCAAACUACGUGUUGUGUACUUACUGGGCGCGGAAACUCAUGAAUUUCCCUACAGUAUCAAGGAAGACGUUACCUUAGGCUAUUGAUGCAGAUUGCUUUGUAUACUUCAUAAGCGACAUCGAUGUGAACUGAGAUAGGAUGUUGUAGGGCAGGACCUUUCAUGUUCUUAAGGAAUUUUAUCAUUGGUAACUUAAUAAACAUCCAGAUAGCAUUUCAUCAAGUAUGGAAUUUAAAAAGUAUAUGGUCUUCUACCAGUACAUACGUAAAGAAACACUUAAGACCACGUUUUCUUUAAAAUAAAUUUUAGUUUUUAAGAGUAUCGAAAAUCAAUAAAAGAAAUCAUACCACUUAGGUAUUCAUUUUUAUAUCUAGUGUGAUUUCCGUCAAAUGCCGGAAAGAAUCGCAGUUAAAAGUCUGCAUAGAUAUCGUAGACAAAAUAAAUACUCCCUCACGACCUGUCAAUAGUAAGAACUGCAACAUUAAAAACACGCAUAUUCCCCAGAAUAUGGGUAAGAGGGAGAUGGAGUGGAAUAAGGUAUGGUCGCGAAAAAUAAAUUGUUGUGUUUAUGUGCUGUCAUUCUGCGGCCAGCGUCGGCGCGCAUCAUCUUCCAGCGGGGUUUCAGACUUCAGAUACAGUUUUCUCACCGUUACUCCUUUUAUUCGCAGUGUUGGAUUGGCUCGUCUUUAACGCUGUUGAAUGGGAUUCCUUCAUUUUUCUGAUGUUCGUGUUAAUCCAAAUGAGCAGAGGUUAGCUACAACAAGAAAGCCGUUGGGUUUUAUUUAGACAAAUAAACCGCCUGUGUGAAAUCCACCUGAAUAGUUGGGGUCUUCCGCUCAACCUUGUUUACGCCAUCAAAAAUAGCUGAUCAAUUUGAAUGUACGAUUGUUGUCAUAGUCCAGUAAGUAGGAUUUAGAUGACAGGGGGGAGGCAGUGAAGUGAAACUUGCAAGAUCGCCGAUAAAAACUAGAUGCAUCUCAGUCAUACUUGUUUCGGCCAGUUUGUUUGUCCUGCAUGCAUCGUGUAUGCCUUAACCGCUGCCAUUUCUGCAGAACAAGUUGAUCAGUUUGACCAAAUCUCCUGAAGUGCAGUGCAUCUGAAAGGUUGAAAAAAUCUUGAAGAGAACUGAGACUCAAUAGAUUAUCUUUACUCGUGGAAACAGACUCGACUCCUGGGCGUUUGCCCAACCAAUGUGGGCGGUGACACUUAAUGAAGGCAAUUUCUAAAAAAAGCAUUCUUCAUUAAGUCAUCCCAUGUCAAUUGCUUCUCUUAAACGCACAAGAUUGUGGGUUCAAAUUGCAUGGCGUGGGGAGCAGAAACGUUCUUCAACUGAUUGUGGCCUUGCAAAGAGGGGCUUUUUAGGCGUAAUCUCUGCCUAGUAAUGAUGCCAUAGCGUGUGCUGGUCGACGCCCUGACUAUUAAUGGGGACAUGGAUGUGGAAGGCUUUCUCCCCACGCUCAAGGACGGCGACGUAGGGGCGUAUACUUGGAGAAUGAUGACUGCGCCGAAUGGCCUAAUGGGGCCAUCUUUUGAGAUGUUUCAACCAUUGUCAGAUGUCUGCUUAUGCGACUCAUUUCACACUUUUCCCAGGGUUUUGUCGUGCUACUGAAGAUGCAUAUUUAAUUUUCCGAAGUUAUUGAUGAAGUGUCCAACAGCGUAGACAGGAGUUUUGUUGAGGCUGAUUAUUUAGGCGUCGUAAUAUAGUGGCUCUAAGACGCUUACCGUUUUGAAGAAGCAUUAAAAAGAUUAUACAUUAGAAUAGGUAUACCGAGUAUUGCAGCUGUCUGUGAGAUGAAUCUCAGGGCGUCAACGUAAAUGACGAUCAUUUGCCCUGACCGCGACAUGCCAAGUUAUGUGUCAGCGGCUGUGUAGCAGCCGCAUCCUAUGAAUGCCUCACUCAGACAACGUCCAAUUUGGGCUCCGAUACUGGGUUCGAGGAUGAACCCGAACGAUCAGUUAUGCGGAUAUAAACGAACAGUGGUCUUGUUCCAGCGACCAAUUCUGCUUCUGAAUAGAAUUCCAUUGGACGGUUACUCGUUUCUAAAACGCAUGUUUGACUUAUGCGGAAAUGGAGGGUGGAGAUUGUGUUUGGGGGAGCUGGCAGGGACUGAACUCGCAUCGCACACAAGGGGACGUAGAAAUCUCUUUGUCUGAUCAGUUGACCCUACACUGACAUCCUACAGUCCGACAAAUAUUUCCUUUUCGUUACAAGAUCACCAGCACAUCUUAAGACAUAAAACGGGUUUCCGUAAAAGAAUACGCAGUGAGAUACGUUUCUUAUUUCGAAGUCGAACGCCCAAUUCCUAUGACUAGUUUGUGCAAGCCAUCCGCCAUUCAGCUCAUAAAUGCGCAAGGUUACAAUGAACGCGGCCGUACUGACAGCAGGCAAGAGUGAUUACCAGGCAGAGAAUGUUAGCAUAUGAAACAUUUCAUAUAUCGGAUAGAGUCUGGCCACUAACUGCACCCAAUUACACACAUGCUCCCCUGUACUGCGUGCACUAAAUGCUAGCUGGAAAACUGAUAUGCUCAUGUGCUCUACUACUAAAACAUUCAGGUCAAGGGAUUGAAAAUUGCUGUGGAGUAGGAAAUAAGUAGGCGUAAAAUAGGCAGUAUUCAUUGGCAACAGAUUGCGAGAGGAAGUAAAUUUUAAUAACUGGACGCUGCAACAACAGCCGCACGUCCUCUUGCGAAAACGAACUUAAUCAACAUUUACUGAUAGAAAAUUUCGAUAUCAUCCAGACUGAUAGUCGCGUAAAAACGUAGAUGCACAUUCUGCCCCAUAUUUCCCGACUGUCAGCAGACAGCACCGAUCUUUACUGUACAGAUUUGCAAAAACUGGCCGCAUCGUUGUACUUUUGUAAACGAUUUCCUGAUGUUCGUGGAUUCAUUUUGUUUCGGGGUAGAGCACCUAUGGGGACGUUCGCACUCUCGCAGCGCAAGUAGUGAAAUAUCUGUCUCGUGAUAAAUGCAAACCUAGUUUCUUGAUCGCGACACGAUGGUGAUUUUGCCGAAAUUAAGGAGGCUUAAAGGGAGAUUUUACCAGCCUAAGCGCGGGCAUGUGGCACGUGAUUUAUCCGCUCGGACAGAUCCCCUCCCACCCCCCCCCCCUGAACAGCUGACUGCCGCCUGCCUACGUGACGGUUCGCCGUAACCUCCACCACCGCCUCCUGAUUGGGCUAAAUAUAGAGAUGGACACUGAAUAUUUUUGCCUACUGCAUACCUCUGUAAAUCUCUAUCCACUGGACCGCACGCCUUGCACCCUUGCCGAGGAAGAGUAGGAGGAGGGGAGGGAGGAAGAGGGGGAGGUGUACCUCGUAGCUAGUCUAUCACCUGCGCACAAUUUCGUGGGAAUGAAGUCUGAUAAGCAUGACAUGCACGUGCACGCAUAGGUGGACUGUCAGCCCCUCUCAACCAUCUGUUUGUUCCUCCCGUCCUCGAGUACUGCUGUUCCGUCUUUGCUUUAAUGUACUCCCGGGAACGUAACAAUAUCGAAAAUAGUCUUUAUCUGAAAACUCCUCUCCUGAACGCUAUCCGAUAUUUCUUAUACUAGAAGAUUUUAUUUGGUGAACAUUAAGUUUUCAUGGAGUAGAAGAUUUGCAGCUGGCCUUUGCCUCCUCUUUCGCAUUAAUUCUAGCUCCAAUCUUUUGCGCAAUGACACUCUCACUCCGAGGGAUCGGUCUUAUGCCAUGCGUAAUUCCUCCAUGGUUAUUCCGCCACAUUUUUGGUCUACAUCGAAACAUUUCUGUCACAAACACUCAGCGCCUUGAUUUUGAAUAGAGUCCUCCCGCGAUUUUUGGUAGAUAAUACACAUUUUGCUCGUUUGCGUGGAAACUUUAAAUAAGAUUAUAUAACCCCUGUUUUAAGUGGCUCCUAAAUCCACUGUUAUUUCUCCCUCCCCGCAGGGUCGAUUUUCGCAGUUUUUGAUAACAUCUCCCCACUUCGACCUCAAGCGAUCUGUUGAAGAUCCCGGCAGACUCCUCUGUUUUCGUCACCUGCUGGUAGUUUGGUCUGUCAGCAAAGAGGUGUCAUGAUCGCACCCCCUCCCUACGCUUCGAUGAUCACUGCAGCUUUUAAUGUUUCUUCCUCAGCUGGCCUCUGAGCGGACUGUGACUGAUCGCGUUUGAGUUCCUCUUGUUUCGAAAACCUUGGCGUUUGUUCUGUUGGCGACGCGAAAUAUUAUGAUCGCAUCUGCAGUGAAUAACCCCAUCCGGUUUGGGAAAUCUACCUUGACGAUGUCCGUUUCGAACCCUCACACAUGACCACAUACACGCUGGUCUUGUCUGACUCAAAUAUUUACAUUUUUAUGAGCAACGGUUUUUCCCUUCACAUCUAAUCAAAUCGCAUUCAUUGUCUGCUUUCGAAAAAAGGAAAUUCUUCUUUUCUCGCCAGGCGUUUUUCACACCAGACCGCCUAUUUACACGCACGAACAGGACACCGUACAGCGUCUGCCUACUUGUUCUAAAAUUCAUUUGAAAACUUAUACUCACUUAGUACGUAAGUAACCAAACAACUUUCCUCUUAUUCUUACGUAUCUCGACGUCAGAUGCAUUUCUAUGCCAUUAUCUCCUCCAUACGGGCUUCCGUUUCUGAGAUAGUCUCCAUAUCUUCCUCCCCCUUAUUUCAAAAAUUCCGCUUUCCUCUUAUUCUUACGUAUCUCGCCGUCAGAUGCAUUUCUAUACCAUUAUCUCCUCCAUACGGGCUUCUGUUUCGGAGAUAGUCUCCAUAUCUCCCUCCCCCUUCCAAUCAAAAGUUCCGCUUUCCUAUUAUUCUAACGUAUCUCUACGUCAGAUGCAUCACUUAUUUGUUUGUUAAGAUGUACAAGCGUUUUUGAAAAACGCGGGAUACCCAACAUUUGCCGGAAUAAAAAUGACAUCGGGAUUUGUGCAAACGUGAUGUUAGUAGACUUCGACGGACCAUAAGCCAAACACACUGUCGAACUCUUUGGAGAGAACGCAGGUCCAAUGCUCAGGUGUUACGAAACCAUGCGCGAUGCCACCUCCAGUGGGUUCAUUUCAUAUCAAUUUACCGGUGUUGAAUCUGGUGAAGAAAAGGAUUCUGCAAGGGAAAUUUUCACAGCCUAAACGCGUGCCUGCAGCGCGCGAUUUGCUCGCUUGCGUAAACCCUGCGCCAUGCCCUCCUGAACUACAAAGUUCCGCCUGCCUACGUGACCGUUCGUCGUAACCUCCGCCACCGCCUCCAGAUUGGGCUAAAUAUAGAGAUGGACAUUAUGUAUUUUUGCCUACUGCAUACCUCCGCGAAUCUCCGUCCAGUGAACCGCACCCCCCUCCAAAAAUGCCCAGGAGGAAGAGGAGAAGGAGGAGAAGGAGGAGAAGGAGGAGGAGGAGAAGGAAGAGGAGGAGGAGGAGGAGGAGGAGGAGGAGGAGGAGGAGUACUACAUAUCUGGUCUAUCACCUACGCACAGUUUCGCGAGAAUGAAGUUUGGCAUGCAUGAUGUGCAUAUGAACAUAUGGGUGGACUGUCAGCCCCUCCUGGCCUCCUCUUUGAAGAAUCAUCAAUGGGUGUUUGACUAG